CGGGUGUCGCCGCUCCUCGCGUCCACGGCCGUCCCCCCGCCCCGCGCGGGGGGUUGGGCGGCCGCGGGAGGCGACUCGGACCUUCCCGGUGCCUGCGGUUCGUUCCGCGCCGUGGCUGUGCGCGCGGCGGGGCGUGGGGGGGCGCCCGAGGUCGGCGGGGCUGCGGCCUAGCCGGGCCUGCCGCCCGGCCCCAUGAGGCACAGCCUGACCAAGCUGCUGGCAUCCUCGGGUCGCGACUCGUCGAGUGUCCGCGCCGGCCGGCAGGACCCGAGCGCGGCGGCCGCGGAGGCGGAGACCUCGGCGGGGUCGGGAUCGCCUGACCGCAGGCCGCCGCCGGGCGACGGGGGCGAGUCGGAGGCGGCCCGGAGGGGGAGCCGCGGCAGCGUGGCCGUGCGCGCGCCCGCGCCGUCGUCCCCUCCAGGGAAGAUGGAGGAGGACGAGGAGGACGCGAUCGCCAUGGUCCCCAAAGAAGAGCCGGAGGACAUGGACUUUCUCUCCGGGCUGGAACUGGCCGAUCUGCUGGACCCUCGGCAACCGGACUGGCAUCUGGAGCCCGGGCUCAGCUCGCCCGGGCCCCUGUCCUCGUCCGGCGGAGGCUCGGAGAGCGGCGGCCUCUUGCGGGGGGACGACGAUGACGAGAGCGCGGCCGCGGAGAUGCAGCGCUUUUCUGACUUGCUGCAGAGGCUGCUGAACGGCAUCGGAGGCUGCAGCGGCGGCGGCGGCGCCGGUGGCGAGCGCGGCAGCGCGGAAAAGAGGCGGAGAAAGUCCCCGGGAGGAGGCGGCGGCGGCGGCGGCACCAACGACAACAACCAAGCGGCGACCAAGAGUCCUCGGAAGGCGGCGGCGGCCGCGGCCCGUCUCAAUCGGCUCAAGAAGAAGGAGUACGUGAUGGGGCUGGAGAGUCGAGUCCGGGGACUGGCCGCCGAGAACCAGGAGCUGCGGGCCGAGAACCGGGAGCUGGGCAGACGCGUGCAAGCACUGCAGGAGGAGAGUCGCUACCUGCGGGCCGUCCUCGCCAACGAGACGGGACUGGCUCGCCUGCUGAGCCGGCUGAGCGGCGUGGGACUGCGCCUGACCACCUCGCUCUUCAGGGACUCGCCCGCCGGAGACCAUGACUACGCCCUGCCGGUGGGGAAGCAGCCGCCAGAACUGCCCGAAGAGGACGACGCGGCGGGAGGAGUGUGUCUCCAUGUGGACAAGGAUAAGGUGUCGGUGGAGUUCUGCUCGGCGUGCGCUCGGAAGGCGUCGUCUUCUCUUAAAAUGUAGGGUCAAGUAAUCUGCUCUUUACCCGCGGUUACCCCUUCUGCUCCCUUACACCAUGUCAAACACCUUAGUGGGACAUCUUCACCGGACACAUUUCAGAGGCGGAAAAAAAAGUAAUAUUAAAUCUUUUAAGUGUUUAGCUAAAACGCAUGAAUGUGACACUGUAACCAACUCCUAAUGAUAACCUGUGACUAUUAAAUCUCUCUGACAGUUUCUUUUUUAGGUGAUUUCCUUCCUGCCAGGCUCCGUUGUAGGGGUUACAGAACAGUCGUUCCCGCCUCCCAACCUGUGGAUACAGCUGUUGGGGCAGAAGAGACGGGACCAGCUGCUGGCCACAUUUCCUGCUUUAUUUUAAAAGGUAGUAUAAGAAAUAAGGAAGAAGAGGUAAUAUCAGGGCUUCUGCUGUCUUUUGUUUUUAAAAUGUUCAUAAUUAAGUAUUUUCCAGCAGUCCAAAGAUGUAAGUUAUCUUACACAUAAGAUGUUUUCUUUUGUUAUUUGUUUAUGGAAAUGGAAUCUUGUUCUUGCACAACUAACUGUAACUGUUUUAUUGCUAGAUAAUAUGAUUUGAGACUUAGAUUAGUCUCUGGUUUUCAGUAUAUCACAUUUUGUAAAGUUAUCCACUGCACUUGAGCAUGAAUGGGUAGUAGCCAAUCUCUCACAACUUGGAGUGAUGGACCUGCUUCUUCAAGGGCAGGAACAAGCCCCCACAAUGCAGCUGCAUGGAUUUUAGUGCCUACUGAAUUAUAUAUAUACAUAUAUAUAUAUAUACAUAUAUAUAUACAUAGAGAUAAACCAAAAGUAGUUGGAAAAUUAUUUGAAAUGACUAAUUUGUGCUCCUUCUGAAAUAUGUUAAAUGUAGCUUUUGAAACAGAAGCCUUGAAUUGAAAUUUAAUACUUGAACAUUUUUGUAUAUUUCUUUGUAUAUAAUUUUGUGCAGUACCAAUGACAAAAAUAUGGUGUCAUAAUAAAAUCAGGUUUGUUGAUCUUUCAGUUAUGGGCUCAAAGAAUUUAUUCAUCGUUAGCAUGACAUUGGGAAGUAGUGGAUGAAAAUAGGAAAAUCCAAUUCUUGGUAAUACAGACUGUGAUCUUAGUCAAAAGGUUCUGGAAGCAGUAAGCUUGUUUUCCUAAGAAUUACACCAUUUCCGUGGACUGUUCUUAACAUCUGCUUUUCCUGCAUUCAAGGUGUGGGUUUGGGAGAUACAGUUUCUGAAUUGGGAUGUUUUGAAAUUCCAGUACAGACUGUAGAAUGUCAUUUUAUAAAUUGUAGUUUGGGGAAUUAGAGCUCUUGACAGUGGCAAGAUUAGAAUGCCUGAAUUUGAAGCUGCUUUGUUAGGGUCCCCAUCCUUUAGUAACUGUCUUUUCUAGUUCCAUUUCAUUGUUUCUUUCCUAGUUUGGGCAACAAUGGUUUUUGUCAUUUUUUUUCUUUUUUUUGUUUUUGUUUUUUGCAUCAACUCAUGGUCUUGUUUUACUUGGUAACUGCAUGUAUUUAGGACCGAUUAGGGGCUUUAAAUUUUCUCAUAUUUAUGUGUAAGCAUAUUUUUCUGUAAAUGUUUGGGUUUCUCAAUUUACAACAGUUGUUUAAUUUCAUUGUGUAGUAAACAGUAUCUUAAAGUGUCCUGUUCACUACUUGUUAAUUAAAAAUUAUGAUUAAUAUAAAACUGUUGUCUUACUAUCUUUAGAAAUUGUGUUGUGAAUAAUUAGUAUUUUGAUAGAGAGUUCUGGAAUAUAAAAUAGAUGAAAAUUUUCAGGUUCCAUUGUAUUUAAUGUGAUGGUUGAGAACAAAUUAGCAUUUGGGGAACUAUUUCGAGUUUGAUUUCUGAUUUGUACCUAUGUAGUAAAAAUGAUAGAAAACCUAAAGAUGUAGCUUUUUAAUCUCUGUCUUCCUCUGGAGGUCAGUAUUCAUACAUGAAUUAACUAACACAUAUUGGCAUAGUAUUUCUAUAAUGGUAACUUAAGUUUUAUCCUUUUUAAACCAGGCUUAACUAAAAAGUACAUGUUUGUUAAAAAUGUAGUCACACCUCUGAUAUAUCCAACAAAGUAUUCAAAAUAUUUUAAAUAUCUGUGCGUUUUAUACUCGCUAAAUUAAUCUCUUUCUCUUCUCUUUAAACAGCUUAGCAGUAUCUGCAAAAACGAAUCUUUUCCUACAACCUGUUAACUGACUGGACUGAUGGUAACAGUAAUUGUGGGAGCCAUGUCGGUCAAAAAUUUGGCAUCUGCUGCAAAACAUGAAUGCCAUUUCCAAGUUCCCAAAUUACCUCUAUACUGAUUACACUUUCCAGAAACGGAGAUAUGAAAAGAUUCUCUGGAAUGCUUGAAAGACUUAAUAGAAAUCCAUGAGACUAAGUUAAUUUUGGAACAAAAUUACAUCUUUUUGUCCUUUCAUGGCAGUAACACUAAAUUUAUUGCAUACUUUUUAAAAAAAAUUGUAACUAUUGGAGAAGAGAAUUAUAGUGUUUUAUUAUCAGGAAACAUUAGAUUUUUACACAGUCAAGAACACAUUCUGUGGAUUAGAGUUAGAGGGUUAGAGUGACAUAAGUAGCCAGCAGUGGUCACAGGACUCACCACGGGUUUGUAUUUCUGGAAUGUGAAAAGCUGCUUUGGAAGAUAGACACCUUGCUGAGUAGAAUAAAGUCCUCAACCUAAAGAGUAGUGUUUUAAAAUAGAUAUUUUGAUUGUAUAUUUUUUUAAAAGUGAUUAUAAUGUGUGGGUAGUACUGCCAUUUAGGGUAACAUGAGCUUGUGUGAAAUCCCAGGUUUGGCAUUUUGGACAUUGAGUACUUGAUCCUGUUUGAAUGUGUUGAGGCUUCUGAUGAAUGACAUAGUUUCUACUGUUCUGUUAAAAUUUCUGUAGUGUUUGUUCUGUAAGGAUCUCCAUAUUUUGGAUGAUAAUGGCUUAUUUCAUAUUACAAGUAAAAAACCCAUUCAGAACCCAAUCAUUUUUUCAUUAUUGUUGAAUUAUGCUAAUACGUUUUUCAUCUGUUUUAGACUUUUAUUUUUGGCUCACGUGGGAAAUAAUGCAGAUAGAAGAGGGAGAUGAUGGGAAGUAGUGUUAUUACACUAUAACCAUGAUAUUCAAGAUCCAUUCAGGUCCUCUGCUUGUCUUCUUCACCUGUGUGUUCAGUGUCUCUAAAGCCAAAGAGUACAGGAAAUUCCUGCAGGCUUCUAUUUAAAGUAGCCAAUGCUACUGUAGCCGAAGAUUUAGGUACUUUGGUGUCAAGAUGCAAUGUGGAUAAUUCACUAGAAAUGCGUAUCUUAAGAAUACGAAGUUAUGUGGUUGAGGGAGUAGAUCAAGUGCUCACAGAUACAAUUUUUUUUUAAAUAAAUGAUUCUUCAAAGUUAA